AUGCGGCAUUUUUCCAAUUGGACGAUAGUGUCACAUCGUCAGGUUUGGACCGACCUCUCCGUCAUCGAUCAGCCUUGCUGCGCCUUGCUAAGAGACGUCCAGAACCAAAGGACCGCCCUUGGAGAAUACCAGGGCGCGGCCGAAGGAGUUCAUCCAAGUGAGCGGCCAAUGCCAUCACAGCGUUUGAAGUUCCGAUGCGGAGUUCUCCGAGGCAGCUGUACGAGGCAAAAGGCUGCCCGAACAAGACCAGUAGACAGCGCUGCCGGCGGUCUGGACGGUGCUCCAGCCUGUGGAGAAGGGGUACCGUGCGUGAGGCAACCAGCUGAAACAGGGGGUCCAGUGCCGUGUGAUCCGGGAAUACGGUAUCAUUUCACGGCGGCGAGGUCGCUGGGCCUGGCCGGGCGAGAGCGAAAUGUAGCAGACGAGAGUGAGGACGUCGAGCGACGCACCGAGUUAUAUACUUGUGUCGGUGGGGCCAGCUGGCGGUGGAGGGAGGCAGAACCCCCAUUCAGGGAAGGCGUGGGCCGCUAG